AUGAGAUGGACUCAGGCGCAUGGACUCCAUGUUGGUUCUGUGACAACGGACAGAAGUAAAGCGCUGCGAGCGGCGCUGCGAGAGAUGGAACCUGAAAUUGGGGACAUUCCUCACUACUACUACGGGAGGCGUUUGGUGAAAUGGUUAGACCGUGAACUGAGGAAGGCAGCCAAAUUGGAUGGGUGUGACGGAAUAGGCCCCUGGAUCGAGCAAUUGAAGACGCACCUGUUGAGUGUCAUCAAACACGGUGCCGCUGAUGGGACCGACGUUCAGGCUGCUUUCAAUACGUGUCUCAUGCAUGUGCAGGAUGUACACCAGUGGCCAAUGGACGUUCUGACAGGUCCUUACACUCGGUGCGCACACGAAUCUCUUGAGGAGCCACUACCCAAAGUUCUGAAUGUGGAUAGUAAAGAAUAUGAAGAACUCCGGAAAGUCGUCCUUACUAAGUCUUUCCAGAAAGAUCUACAAAGGGCCAGUCCUUUUGAGGGAGCCUCUAUAGAUGAGGCGAAGAACAUAUGGGAUAGGAUUUACUGUCGCAAGGGGAUGAUUCGUCCAUUUGCUACUUAUCCGCUAUACGUAAUGAUGACCACAAUGCAUAUAAACACCUUGCGACUAGCAGAGCUUAACGGAGAGGGUAAUUUGCCAAAGACCCGUGAUACCCAGCGGGAACGCCCCACAAGGAAAUCUAAUCCCGAACCUAAAUCUGCGGUGAGACAAUUGUGGAGAGACUUAGUAUUCGAUGAAGUCGUCGAGGCUCGGCUCUUAGCCUUGCAAGGAAGACAUCACAAUGGUGCUGCUGAGGAGAACGAGGACUUCUUAGCUGCAGACGAAAACGAUGAGUGUGAGUUGUAG